CUACGUGUACAUCUCUCCCCCUGUUCACUGUAUGGGUGUUAAGCAAGGGAGAGCUGGAGGGGGUGCAGUGUGAAGUGCCCCCGGUGCUGUCACCCACCUGUUUCAUUUUAGUGAUCUGUGAGCUCACCAAGUUCUCAGCAGUGGCCAACACAUAGGAAACGUGGGAUGGGGGAGAGGAGAGUGGAACAGCAGAGAGAAGGACAGGAGGCAGAGACCCCAGCAGUGAUGAAGUCAUGGUAAAUCUGCUCCCCCCAUGCUGAAAAGGGACCUGCUGCACACUGCAGCCCCGGCAGAGAGAGGAAGUCAGCCCACACCACAGCAUGACUUUCACCAGCGUGCUGCACAUCAUAGCUCUGUUCCUGAUGCGAGGGGAUUUUCCAGAAGCUGGAGGUGAAACCAUAACCCUAAAGGAAGGAGAGGACCUGAACCUCCGCUGCACCCUCAGCAGUGACGAUGGGUCAGCCCGGCAGUGGUUAAACCCUCAUGGGUUUGCCAUUUUUCUCAACACCCAGCAGGCUUUAAGAGAUCAGAGACACAAACUUAUCCAUUAUUCAAAAGAUGAAUUAUCCAUCCAACUGUCUAACAUAACAGUGCAUGAUGAAGGCGUAUAUAAAUGCUUCUACUAUGGCAUCCCCUUCAAAAGCAAGAACAAGACUGUUAAGGUAUUAGCUGCUCCUUCUAACCCAGUACUGGAAGUAUCCAGAGGCACAGAAAGAAGCGUUAUACUGUCUUGCUAUACCCAAGGAUGUAAACCACAGGCCCAGAUUACCUGGCUGUUGGACAAUGGGAUAGAACUCCCUGGUGACACUAAGCACAAGUUAGAAGCUGAUGGGAAGAAAUGGACCACAACCAGCACACUGACAGUCCUUGCCUAUGGGCCCAAUUCAACAGCCAGCUGCAUCAUUCACCACCAAGCACUCAGAGAAGAGAAGCUGAUGGCAUCUUUGCAGUUUGAGGACCUUGCUAGGACAGUGGCAAAACCACAUCUGGCACCAUCUAACCCAGAGGUGGAUACACGUGUCUCUGAGAAUGAGCAAACUACAGUUCCUUUAGGAGCCGAACAACCAACCAUCUCUUCUGCAGAACUAGAGGAUCCACUAGUUCCCAGCUCAGCAGCAACACCAACCCAGCAAACCCUCCAACCAGACAUCACACCUACUUGGUCUGAGGUUACACCAGCUGCAGCAGGAAAGGAAGAAUUGGCUGGUUCAUCGAGUUUUCAUGUCCCCAGAGGCACUGAAACAGCAGUCAGUGGCAAUGUCACAGAAGAGGAAGUUUCCAGGACAGAAACCCCACUACCAAGUGGAAAUGUAACUGUGAUUUCCACAAUCACCUCUGACAAAGAUGUGAAAUCUGAAGGCAUGGAAAAGAAAGAGAAAAAUCUCUUGCUGCCCAUCUUGGUGGCUGCUCUGAUUUUUGUGCUUCUCAUCAUUGUCCUGCUUUUUGCAAGGAAGCUGAAGAAAGCUCAUGGAGUGUGGAAGAGAGAAAAUGAUGUUUCAGACCAGACUCUGGAGAGUUAUAAAUCCAAAUCUAAUGAAGACAGUCCAGGCCAUGAGAAGAACGGACAUGCUGUCAAUCAGAAGUCCAACAUGCAAUAUGUAACAGCAGGAUAUGUGGAAACAAUGCAGAGGAAUCCCAGAGACAGAACCAAUGCAAUAAGUGAGAAACUGUUUGGAUGUGGAAAGGAAACAAAUGUAUAGCAAUAGUAAAUCUGUACGAUGUGCAGAAACACCAGUGUUUCCUGAUCUUCAUAUUACAGCAUUCAAGUACCGAUAUGAUUUCAAGGAGCAGAACUACAGUUACCCUCAACCCAAAAGCUACCUGGGAUUGGUUUCCUUUAAACAGUGGGGCAGGUAGAUAGGACUGGUGGUCCUAGAAACCUAUUAGCAAUGAAGACAGUGGUUUAUCUGUAGUCCUCAAAGGAUUUAAAUAACCACUGCCAGAAAUGAAGCUCCUCAGUCCUUUCUCAGAUCCUACCAGCAGUGAGGGUCUUGGCAAAGGAACAUGCAGGUAUUCCAAGGACUGCAGGGUAUGAAGACAUUCAUGUAAUUCUGCAAGCAUGGGACUGAGCAGGAAACCCUGGGAGCUGCAGACCUACUGGGACUUGUAUUAUCUUAUUCUCACCCCAAACCUGUACUUAACCAAGGAGGAAAGCAUCCUGAUGUCCAAAGAGUUAAAAACACCAAGGUUGUUCCCCCAUGCUAGAACUCCUGCUUUGGUUUCUCACUUGUGCAAUGAUAGCAUCAUUCUGUGCCAUGCCAGACUGCAUCAGCACUAGUCUGCAAGGGGCUCUGAAACCAGAACAUCUGGGUACUACACUUGUACUCCCACAUCACCUAAACUUCCAGGGGUGUCACUGAGACUAUGGAAGCUUUCAAACAUGGGCUUUCAAAUGUGGAGAUAUUACAUAUGGGACUCCCUAGAUCCAGGGACAAAGUCACUUGCUUGCCAGCAGGCAACCUAGGAGAAUCAAUGAGCCUUUACAUCCGCACAGCCCCGCUAUGCCAUCACCGGGAGCCUUUUCUAUGUGGGGAAGAUAAAACUGAACUCCUAAAAUAAAGAGAAUUUACAUUACAGCAGGCAGCUGUGUUUAUUUUUCCCGCUAGAGAUGAUUGUUCCUCACUGUAAGCAAGAAGCUGAACACUGGUUUUGGACACCGAAUUAAAUAC